ACAUACACUAAAAACAUGAGGCCUGUAUACCCUACAAAAACGUUUCCCAACCAUUAUAGCAUCGUCACAGGACUUUAUCCAGAAUCCCACGGCAUAAUUGACAACAAGAUGUAUGAUCCCAAAAUGAAUGCUUCUUUCUCACUUAAAAGUAAAGAAAAAUUCAACCCUUUGUGGUACAAAGGCCAGCCGAUUUGGGUCACAGCUAAUCAUCAGCAGGCCAAGUCUGGUACAUACUUCUGGCCAGGAUCAGAUGUGAAAAUUGAUGGAAUACUACCAGAUAUCUACAAAGUGUAUAAUGGGUCCGUACCAUUUGAAGAUAGAAUUUUGGCUGUUCUUCGCUGGCUACAGCUUCCUAGCUCUGAAAGACCACACUUUUACACUCUGUAUUUAGAAGAACCAGAUUCCUCAGGCCAUUCACAUGGACCAGUCAGCAGUGAG